AUGGCGUCGCCUGGCGUCGCUGGCGUCGCCUCGCAAUAUGGGGAAAUAAGACCAACAAGGAAUAAAAAGAACAAUAGGAGAAAGAGGAACAUGAAAAGGAGGAAUAAAGAACAAGAAAAGAGGAACAAAAAAGAGGAACAAGAAAAGAGGAACAAGAAAAGAGGAUACAUGAAAAAACGGAAACAGGUGGAAAUAAAAAAGAGGAAUAAGAAAAAGAGAUAUUAA